AUGCCUCUUAUCACUAACUUGCAGCAGGUGGUGAUGGGCCUUGCUGAGGUCCUCAAAACGUUUCAAGAGCUUCUUGAUGGUCCAGAUAGCAGGAAACUAUCAACUUCAGGGGCAUUGGUCACCCAUAUCCCCAACUGUUAUUCAUUGCUGGAUACCUUGAAGAAGGAUAUUAGUCUAGGGCGGAGGCAGAAGGCAUGGAAGAAACUUCACCUUCAGUCUCUGAUAUGGCCGCCGAAACAUGAGGAUGUGGAAGGACUAAGGGGACUUGAGAGAUAUAAAUCACUGUUUUUGGAUGCCCUGUAA